AUGGACGUGGACGUGGACGUGGACGUGGACGCAGACGUGGACGUGGACGGGGACAUGGACGUGGACGUGGACGUGGACGUGGACGUGGACGUGGACAUGGACGUGGACAUGGACGUGGACGUGGACGUAGACGUGGACGUGGACGUGGAUGUGGACGACUUGGACGUGGACGUGGACGUGGUCGUGGACGUGGACGUGGACGUGGACGUGGUCGUGGACGUGGACGUGGACGUGGACGUGGAGGACUUGGACGUGGACAUGGACGUGGACGUGGACGUGGACGUGGACGUGGACAUGGUCGUGGACGUGGUCGUGGACGUGGACGUGGACGUGGUCACCUGGACGUGGACGUGGACAUGGACUGUGGACGUGGACGUGGACCUGGACGUGGACGUGGACGUGGUCGUGGACGUGGACGUGGACGUAGACGUGGACGUGGUCGUGGACGUGGACGUGGACGUGGACGUGGACGUUGACGUGGACGUGGACAUGGACGUGGACGUGGACGACUUGGACGUGGACAUGGACGUGGUCUUGGACAUGGACGUGCACAUGGACAUGAACAUGGACAUGGACGUGGACAUGGACGCGGACGUGGACGUGGACGUGGACGUGGACAUGGACGUGGACGUGGACGUGGACAUGGACAUGGACAUGGACGGGGACAUGGACGUGGACGUGGACGUGGACGUGGACGUGGACAUGGACGUGGACGUGGACGUGGACGUGGACGCGGAAGUGGACGUGGACGUGGACGUGGAUGGACGCGGACGCGGGGACGUGGACAUGGACGUGGACGCGGACGUGGACGUGGACGUGGACGUGGACGUGGACGCGGACGUGGACGUGGACGUGGACGUGGACGCGGACGUGGACGUGGACGCGGACGUGGACGUGGACGUGGACGUGGACCUGGACGUGGACGUGGACGUGGACGUGGACAUGGACAUGGACGUGGACGUGGACGUGGACGUGGACGUGGACGUGGAUGGACGUGGACGUGGACAUGGACGUGGACGCGGACGUGGACGUGGACGUGGACGCGGACGUGGAUGUGGACGUGGACAUGGACGUGGACGCGGACGUGGACGUGGACGUGGACGUGGAGGUGGAGGUGGACGUGGACGUGGACGUGGACGUGGACGUGGUCGUGGACGUGGACAUGGACGUGGAGGUGGACGUGGAGGUGAAGGUGGACGUGGAGGUGGAGGUGGACGUGGACGUGGACCCAGACGUGGACGUGGACGUGGACGCGGACGUGGACGCGGACAUGGACAUGGAUGUGUACGUGGACAUGGACAUGGACGUGGACGUGGACAUGGACAUGGACGUGGACGUGGACGUGGACGUGGACGUGGACGCGAACGUGGACGUGGACGCGGACGUGGACGUGGACGUGGACGUGGACGCGGACGUGGACGUGGACGCGGACGCGGACGUGGACGUGGACGUGGACGCGGACGUGGACGUGGACGUGGACGCGGACGCGGAUGUGGACGUGGACGUGGACGCGGACGUGGACGUGGACGUGGACGCGGACGUGGACGUGGACGUGGACGUGGACGCGGACGUGGACGUGGACGUGGACGCGGACGUGGACGUGGACGUGGACGCGGACGUGGACGUGGACGGGACGCGGACGUGGACCUGGACGUGGACGCGGACGUGGACAUGGACGUGGACGCGGACGUGGACAUGGAUGUGGACGCGGACGUGGACAUGGACGUGGACGCGGACGUGGACAUGGACGUGGACGCGGACGUGGACAUGGACGUGGACGUGGACGUGGACAUGGACGUGGACGUGGACGUGGACAUGGACGUGGACGUGGACGUGGACAUGGACGUGGACGUGGACGUGGACAUGGACAUGGACAUGGAUAUGGACAUGGACAUGGACGUGGACGUGGACGUGGACGUGGACGUGGACGUGGACAUGGACGUGGACGUGGACAUGGACAUGGACAUGGACAUGGACAUGGACGUGGACGUGGACGUGGACGUGGACGUGGACAUGGACGUGGACGUGGACGUGGACGUGGACAUGGACGUGGACGUGGACGUGGACGUGGACAUGGACGUGGACAUGGACGUGGACAUGGACGUGGACAUGGACGUGGACGUGGACGUGGACGUGGUCGUGGACAUGGACGUGAACAUGGACAUGGACAUGGACAUGGACGUGGACGUGGAUGUGGACAUGGACGUGGACAUGGACGCGGACGUGGACGUGGAACUGGACGUAGACAUGGACAUGGACAUGGACGUGGACAUGGACAUGGACAUGGACGUGGACAUGGACGUGGACGUGGACGUGGACAUGGACGUGGACGUGGACGUGGACGUGGCCUUGGACGUGGACAUGGACGUGGACGUGGACGUGGACGUGGACAUGGACGUGGACAUGGUCGUGGACGUGGUCGUGGACGUGGGCGUGGACGUGGACGCGGACGUGGACGUGGACGUGGACGCGGACGUGGACGUGGACGGGGACAUGGACGUGGACGUGGACGUGGACAUGGACGUGGACAUGGACGUGGACAUGGACGUGGACGUGGACGUGGACGUGGACGUGGACAUGGACGUGGACAUGGACGUGGACGUGGUCGUGGACGUGGACGUGGAGGACUUGGACGUGGACAUGGACGUGGAGAUGGACGUGGACGUGGACGUAGACGUGGACGUGGACGUGGACGUGGAGGACUUGGACGUGGACGUGGACGUGGACGUGGACGUGGUCGUGGACGUGGACGUGGACGUGGAGGACUUGGACGUGGACAUGGACAUGGACGUGGACGUGGACGUGGACGUGGACAUGGUCGUGGACGUGGUCGUGGACGUGAACGUGGACGUGGACGUGGUCGUGGACGUGGACCUGGACGUGGACGUGGACAUGGACCGUGGACGUGGACCUGGACGUGGACGUGGACGUGGUCGUGGACGUGGACGUGGACGUGGACGUGGUCGUGGACGUGGACGUGGACGUGGACGUGGACGUGGACGUGGCAUCGACGUCGACGUGGACGUGGACGUGGACGUGGACGUGGACGUGGACAUGGACGUGGACGUGGACGUGGACAUGGACGUGGACGUGGACGUGGACGUGGACAUGGACGUGGACAUGGAUGUGGAGGACUUGGACGUGGACAUGGACGUGGUCGUGGACAUGGACGUGCACAUGGACAUGAACAUGGACAUGGACGUGGACAUGGACGCGGACGUGGACGUGGACGUGGACGUGGACGUGGACGUGGACGUGGACAUGGACGUGGACGUGGACGUGGAUAUGGACAUGGACGUGGACGUGGACAUGGACGUGGACGUGGACGCGGACGUGGACGUGGACGUGAACGUGGACGCGGACGUGGACGUGGACGUGGAUGGACGCGGACGGACAUGGACGUGGACAUGGACGGACAUGGACAGGGACGUGGACGUGGACGUGGACGUGGACGUGGACGUGGACGUGGACGUGGACAUGGACGUGGACAUGGACGUGGACGUGGAUGUGGACGUGGACGUGGACGUGGACGUGGACAUGGACGUGGACAUGGACGUGGACGUGGUCGUGGACGUGGACGUGGAGGACUUGGACGUGGACAUGGACGUGGACGUGGACGUGGACGUAGACGUGGACGUGGACGUGGACGUGGACGUGGAGAACUUGGACGUGGACGUGGACGUGGUCGUGGACGUGGACGUGGACGUGGACGUGGACAUGGACGUGGACAUGGAUGUGGACGUGGACGUGGACGUGGACGUGGACAUGGACGUGGACAUGGUCGUGGACGUGGUCGUGGACGUGGACGUGGACGUGGACGUGGACGUGGACGUGGACGUGGACGUCGACGUGGACGUGGACGUCGACGUGGACGUCGACGUGGACCUGGACGUGGACGUGGACGUGGACAUGGACGUGGACGUGGACGUGGACGUGGACGUGGACCUGGACGUGGACAUGGACGUGGAGGACUUGGACGUGGACAUGGACGUGGUCGUGGACAUGGACGUGGACAUGGACAUGGACAUGGACGUGGACAUGGACGUGGACACGGACGUGGACGUGGACGUGGACGUGGACGUGGAGGUGGACGUGGACGUGGACGUGGACGUGGUCGUGGACAUGGACGUGGAGGUGGACGUGGAGGUGAAGGUGAACGUGGAGGUGGAGGUGGACGUGGACGUGGACCCAGACGUGGACGUGGACGUGGACGUGGACGCGGACGUGGACGUGGACAUGGACAUGGAUGUGGACAUGGACGUGGACAUGGACGUGGACGUGGACGUGGACGUGGACAUGGACGUGGACAUGGACGUGGACGUGGACGUGGACGUGGACGUGGAUGUGGACAGGGACAUGGACAGGGACGUGGACGUGGACGUGGACGUGGACGUGAACGUGGACGUGGACAUGGACGUGGACGUGGACGUGGACGUGGACGUGGACGUGGACGUGGACAUGGACGUGGACAUGGACGUGGACAUGGACGUGGACGUGGACGUGGACGUGGACGUGGACGUGGACGUGGACAUGGACGUGGACGUGGACGUGGACAUGGACGUGGACGUGGACAUGGACGUGGACAUGGACGUGGACAUGGACGUGGACGUGGACGUGGACGUAGACGUGGACGUGGACGUGGACGUGGACGUGGACGUGGAGAACUUGGACGUGGACGUGGACGUGGUCGUGGACGUGGACGUGGACGUGGACGUGGACGUGGACAUGGACGUGGACAUGGAUGUGGACGUGGACGUGGACGUGGACGUGGACAUGGACGUGGACGUGGUCGUGGACGUGGUCGUGGACGUGGACGUCGACGUGGACGUGGACAUGGACGUGGACGUGGACGUGGGCGUGGACGUGGACGUGGACCUGGAUGUGGACAUGGACGUGGAGGACUUGGACGUGGACAUGGACGUGGUCGUGGACAUGGACGUGGACAUGGACGCGGGGACGUGGACAUGGACGUGGACACGGAUGUGGACGUGGACGUGGACGUGA